AUGCCAAAACGUGCAACUAAAGCCAGCAAUGUCCCUCUGCAUAAAGUUAUCAUGGUAGGAUCAGGCGGUGUUGGUAAAUCUGCUUUGACGCUGCAGUACAUGUAUGGCGAUUUUGUUGAAGAAUACGACCCUACCAAGGCUGACUCAUACCGAAAAAAGAUCUUGCUGGAUGGCAUCGAUUGUCAGAUUGAUAUUUUGGAUACAGCAGGACAAGAAGAAUAUGCCGCUAUUCGAGACAACUACUAUCGUUCAGGAGAAGGGUUCUUGUGUGUCUUUUCCGUCUGCGAACAAGAAUCUUUGGACCAUACGCAGGAAUUCAGGGAUCAAAUUUUGCGCGUACUGGAUGAUGAAUCAAUUCCGUUUGUAUUGGUUGGAAACAAGGUUGAUUUAGCACAUUUGCGUGUCGUAGAUUCCAGUGAGCCCCGGCAAAUAGCUCAAGGAUGGGGGUGUCCUUACAUUGAGACGUCUGCUAAAACUAGACAAAACGUCGAAGAAGCUUAUUGUACGCUGAUGAGACUCAUUGUCAAGCGAAAGGAGACACUUCAUCGUGAGGAAGCCAAAUCAAAAAAGAGCUCCUGUAUGAUUUUGUAA